AUGGCUGCUCCCGCUGAGAAGACCGUCCUCGACCUCAAUGGCAACUGGAUCAUGAACGCCAAGCUGUCCGACUCCUCUGAUGCCGUUCUCAAGGCCCAGGGCGUCAACUGGCUGAUGCGCAAGGUCAUCACAAUGGCCACUGUCACCCUUAUUGUCACUCAGACCAAGGACGCCUCCGGCAACAUCCUCCUCGACAUUGAGAACAAGCCCAGCGGCGGCAUGCCUGGUGCCGUUGAGAAGCGUGUGCUCAACUGGGAGCCAGUUGAGCUCAACCAUACCCUUUUCGGUAACAUUCGCGGUCGCUCUCGCGUCGCCAAGCUCGCUGACCUCGAGGACGAGUGGCUCAAGGGCGGCUGGGAGGAGGGCACUGAGGAGGUGCUCCACUUCAAGACUGAGCACAUCGACUCCAAGGGCGUUGUCACCCAGCAGGUCCUUGGCUUCGUCAAGGUCGAGGGUGUCAGAUACCAGGCCCGUCGCGUCCUCGUCACCACUGAGGGCUCCGACAAGAACGUCGAGAUCUCCAUCGUCUACGACUACCUCGGCAGCGGCGAGGUCUCCCACCUCACAAACCCUGUCUUUUUCUUGGUCGCUUUGCUCUUUACCGCUUACAGUUCUACAGCUGCCAACGCACUUACAAUCACAAGCCAGGAAAUAAAUGCAUAA